AUGGCGACCAACCUCACCGUCGACGACUUCGACCCCCUGGUGGUGUACAGCAACUACGACCACUGGUCGACUCCGAACCCGCAGGACAACCCGACGUGGUGGAAAGCGGGUCGCAGCGUCACCAACAGCACUUGGCACCAGGCGACGUACCAUUACACCGGGGUCGUGGGAGCGCAGGCGUCAUUCAACUUCACGGGCUCGUCGAUUGCGGUGUACGGCGGGACUGGCGCCACUGGUAGUAUCUACACCGUCUCGCUUGACGGGAACGUGGCCAACCUCCAACUCACCAACAGUCCGGGCCGCACGCUGCUGUAUGACGCCAAGGUCACCGACGGAGCGCACGAGCUCAUCAUCGUCAACGGUGGCAGCGGCCUGCUGCUGGAUCUCUUUGUCGUCGGUCUCACCCUAGGCGGAGAGGGUGUUACUCUGUCCAACACGACACUCGACGAUCGUAACCCCAGCAUCGCGUACCUGGGCAAUUGGACGCAGCAGGCCGGGCCCAACUUUCAUUCGGAAACGAGCACGUACACAUCCGGUCCGGGGAACGCUGUGUCGCUCAUUUUCUCUGGUUCCGCGGUCUACGUGUAUGGCGACCAGGUGAACGACCACGGCGACUACACCGUCACGCUGAACGGCUCGGUGGUGGGACAGUAUACCGGUCGCUCGGGCUGUGGAGGGGGUUACGCCAAGGCGUGCGAGAAGCUGCACGGCCUCAAGUUCUUUGCGAGCGGCUUGUCGGAUGGGACGCAUGCGCUGCGUAUCGAGAAUGGCGGUCCUGCGGAGGGGAACAAGUCGUUCUUUGACCUCGACUACGUCGAGUACACGGUGUCGAGCGGGUACUCCUCGGGAACGGGUUCGGGAGCAGCAUGUACCUCAGGCACCUGUUCGGCAUCAGCUCCGUCGCCCACAGUCGCAGGCUCGUCCGGUGCGAAGAGUGCUGCGGCGCCAGUUGCACUGCUGUGCGGUGUGCUCGCAGCAUGGUUUGCCAAGACCUUCCUUUAA